GGCUGGAUGAACCAGCUGCAGGUCUACGAUCCCGAGCUUUUCCACCCCUCGCUCACGCACUCGGUGCUCGCCACGCUGGAUGGAGCCACCCUCAAGCUCUCCUACCCCAAGAGCAACAUCCCACGCCGAGUGAGUCCAGCGGUGCCCGGGACAUUCUCCCUGACACCCCCACACCCUGGCCCAGCCUCAUCGCUGCUCUCGGUGUUGCAGGUCUUCCUCUGCCCCUCCAGCCUGGCCCGAAAGCGGACGUGGAACAAGAAAUAUCCCAUCUGCGUCCUCCUCCCCGAACCAGCGGCGGUGGAGGGCAGGAGCAGCGAGGAGCAGGACACAGAGCCCCAGGGGGAUGAAGGGACAAAGAAGGCGCUGAGCAGUGGCAGCAGCAGCGGAGAGAGCACCGAGGACAUCCCCUCUGCCAUCCCACCCAAGGACCCAGCGGAAAGCGAUCAACAGGAGAUUUUCCUGGAUUACAGCACCUACAUGGCCCGAUUUGUGCCAGCGCAGGUGGGGGGCAGCCCGGACCCGAGCCCUUCUCAUGGAGCACUGGGCAGCCCCACGCCCCUAAAGACGUGCAUGGCCUGGAUGAACGCCCUGGUGGGGCGCAUCUUCUGGGACUUCCUUCGGGAGCAAUACUGGGCCGAGCAAGUGUCCAACAAGAUCCAAAAGAAGUUGAGCAAGAUCAAGCUCCCAUAUUUCAUGAAUGAGCUGACACUGACGGAGCUGGACAUGGGCACAUCCAUCCCCUCAGUCCUCAGUGCCUCCAGCCCCACUGUCAAUGACCGAGGGCUCUGGGUGGACAUGGAGGUCACCUACAGCGGCUCAUUGCAGAUGACGCUUGAGACAAAGAUGAACCUCUGCAAGCUGGGGAAGGAGAGCGCUGCAGAGGAGAGCGGCCUGGCGGAAGCAGGCAGAGAUCGCAGGACCACGUCACGGCUGAUUCUGCUGGCAGACAGCGAUGCAGAGUCGUCCAGUGCCGGCUCCUCUGAUGAGGAAGACAUCGUCACGGCUGAGCCCGCAGGAGCCCUGGGGGAGCGGGUCCCACCGCCUGGCACUGAGGGCCAUGUCGGCGGCAACAGCACAAGCCGCAAGAUCCUGCGCUUCGUGGAUAAGAUCGCCAAGUCCAAGUACUUCCAGAAGGCCACUGAAAACGAGUUCAUCAAAAAAAAGUUCGAGGAGGUCUCCAACACACCGCUGCUGCUGACAGUGGAGGUGCAGGAGCUGGCAGGCACCUUGGCUGUGAACAUCCCACCACCACCGACGGACCGUGUCUGGUACAGCUUCCGAGUCCCACCGCAGCUGGAGCUGAAGGUGCGCCCAAAGCUGGGUGAGCGGGAGGUGACGUUCCUCCAUGUCACCGAGUGGAUCGAGAAGAAGCUGCAGCAUGAAUUUCAGAAAAUUUUGGUCAUGCCAAACAUGGACGAUCUCAUCAUUCCCAUCAUGAGCUCUGGCCUGGAUCCCCAGCCGCUCACUGUGGGACUGCCCAGGGACCUUCCAGCCAAGGCAGAGAAGAGGCUCUGA